AUGCAGCUGGUCAAGAUGCUCUUGAUGCCCAUAUCUCCAGUUCCCAGUCCAGAGGACCCCAGAUCUACAGUUCUCAGUCCAGAGGAGCCCACAUCUCCAGUUCCCAGUCCAGAAGAGCCCGUGUCUCCAGUUCCCAGUCCAGAAGAGCUUGCAUCUCCAGUUCCCGGUCCAGAGGAGCCCACAUCUCCAUUUUCUGGUCCAGAGAAGCCCACAUCUACAGUUCCCAAUCCAGAGGAGCCAAUGUCUCCAGUUCCCAGUCCAGAGGAGCCCACAUCUCCAGUGCCCAGUCCAGAGGAGCCCACAUCUCCAGUUCCCGGUCCAGAGGAGCCCAGGCCUCCAAUUCCCGGUCCACCGUCAGCCACCCCAGCAGCCACAUUGCGAAAUGUCCAGAGGAGCCCACAUCUCCAUUUUCUGGUCCAGAGAAGCCCACAUCUACAGUUCCCAAUCCAGAGGAGCCAAUGUCUCCAGUUCCCAGUCCAGAGGAGCCCACAUCUCCAGUGCCCAGUCCAGAGGAGCCCACGUCUCCAGUUCCCGGUCCACCGUCAGCCACCCCAGCAGCCACAUUGCGAAAUGAAUUUCAACAAAUGA